GCACGGCAAAGAAUGAAACAAAUGCCUCCUCCCUCAGAGAGAUGCAUGUUCGUCCCAUAAACCCAGGGGGGGGAAUACAACCAUGGAAAAUCGCUAACAGCCAAAGGAGUAAGCGAGUAAAUUCAGACAUGUCAGAUGUGACGAUCGAUGAUAGACCAGAUCCCAGCACGCGGGACGGAAAGGCAGGAGAGGAGAUUCUAUGAGAAGAGGAGAACCUCGGACAGAAGGGGGAGGGUAGAAUGCAUCUCUAGACGGGCUCUUGCAUGUGUCUGCGCAUACCCGUCGCAUCCACGAUUCUCGCGCGUGGGUCAUAUCAAAGGUAGCAGCCGUGAGAAGGUAAGGCACCAGGCUGGGAGGCAUCUUGGUGUAUUGCCAUAUAGAUUGGUCAUAUAGCAAGGCCGUUGCAGGGCUCCAGGUCGUACCGCGGAACGGGCGAUACCGCAUUUCCGUAGCGGGCGUAACAUGAUAAGUCGGUGUUGGAGGCAUUGGAGGAUAUUGGAGAUGGAGGUGAGGGGCGGCCCUUUUUUGCGCCUGUGGCUGUGGAUAGAUGAAUGGGUGGUUGGACAAAUUGUCGCGUCGGACACAGAGGCGCUGGCUGGUGCUUUGGCUGGUGCUUUGGCUGGUGCUUUGGAGCACAAGUGUGGUUGUUUGUUAAGCGAGGGCGUUGGAGAUGGGAGAAGUUGAGUCCAGCUCGUAGCACAGGAUAUUGAAGAUUGGAAGCCAUCGUGACGGAAAGUAUAAGUACAUCUGCCCAGGAAACGGAGGAAGACGAUAGAAGAGGUGCGCCAGAG